CCCUGGGGGCGUGACCCCUGCCUGAGGGCAGCCGGGGCAGAGACCGGCGGCAGGGCGACCCCGCGCCCGUCCCGAGGCCCUUUUGUUCCUGGCCGCGAACGGAAAAGGAUCGAGCCGCAGCAGCAGCAGUAGCAGCCGCCUCCUGAGGGCGAGACUCGGACGUCGGAGCGGCCUCGGACAAGCAAGGCCGGGGACCCGGACCGAGUGCCCCCGUCGCCUCUCUGCGUGCGCUGCGCCUGGAAGCGGGGCUGAGCAGAAGCAGCCGGAGCGCUUUGUCCCCCUGGCGGGGAGCGAUGGGGCGGGCCCGGUGAGGAGGCGCCCGUGCCCCGGAGGCGGCGAGCGAGGAGGGGGGGGUUUAUUUUAUUUUUUAAAGGUUCAAGGUCAGCCUCUGCACCGUCCGGAGGAGGGGGGGCACGCCACAGGCCGAGCUCGAGCGCCGCCGCCGCCGGGCCCCUCCUCCGCUCCCGGAGGGGCCUCCCCCUCCCCCCGAGGCAGCCCUGGGGCUCGGGGUGGCCCUGGUGGUGCAGAGCGGCCUGCGCUGGCUCCGGGGGCGCCUCGGCCCGCAGCUCCCCUCUUUGCAGGCGGCCGGCGGGGGUGGCGGCCAGGCUCCCCGCGCCAUGUUCUCGGUCCUCUCCUAUGGCAGACUGGUAGCCCGGGCCGUCCUGGGCAGCCUCUCGCAGACCGACUCCCGAGACUACAGCCUGGUGACGGCCAGCUGCGGCUUCGGCAAGGACUUCCGCAAGGGCAUCCUGAAGAAGGGCAUGUGCUACGGGGACGACGCCUGCUUCGUGGCCAGGCACCGGUCCGCGGAUGUGCUGGGGGUCGCAGACGGUGUUGGCGGUUGGCGAGACUACGGGGUUGACCCUUCUCAGUUCUCAGGGACUCUGAUGCGCACGUGUGAACGCCUAGUGAAGGAAGGACGGUUUGUCCCGACCAACCCGGUGGGGAUCCUCACCACAAGCUAUUGCGAGCUGUUGCAGAACAAAGUACCUUUGCUGGGGAGCAGCACUGCUUGCAUUGUCGUUCUAGAUCGGACGAGUCAUCGUUUACAUACGGCCAACUUGGGGGAUUCAGGCUUCUUGGUGGUCAGAGGUGGGGAAGUAGUCCAUCGGUCCGAUGAACAGCAGCACUACUUCAACACUCCGUUCCAGCUGUCGAUAGCACCGCCCGAAGCGGAAGGGGUCGUCUUCAGUGACAGCCCAGAUGCUGCCGACAGUACGACCUUUGACGUCCAGCUAGGAGACAUCAUCCUGACAGCCACGGAUGGGCUUUUUGACAACAUGCCUGACUACAUGAUCCUCCAGGAGCUGAAGAAGCUGAAGAACUCGAAUUAUGAGAGCAUACAGCAGACAGCAAGAAGUAUUGCUGAGCAAGCUCACGAACUGGCGUAUGAUCCAAAUUACAUGUCACCCUUUGCACAGUUUGCAUGUGACAACGGACUGAAUGUAAGAGGUGGAAAACCAGAUGACAUCACUGUCCUCCUUUCUAUAGUAGCCGAGUACACAGACUGAUGGGCUGAAAGCAUCAGUUCCUGAAUGACUUGCGUUAUUCCAGAGUUUCCCGGCUUUGCGUGUACUGUUUCCUGCUGGCAGGACGUCUGUCUUUGCAGCUGAUCUCAGUGGCUAUCACGUGUUACGUCCAUUGCCUGUAUUAAGAUUCGUUCAAGGUUUCCGUCGAGAACCACUACUGGAGUACAUCUGCCAGCAAGAAAUGAAGAAUUUCAAUACUUGAAGCUUGUCUUUUUUUUUUUAAAAAAAAUGUAGU